CCCAAACAAGUCUCUCUAUUUAUGGUCACGUUCUCGAAGGCAAAUCUGCGAAGAGGGAGAGGAAAAUACAUCAAGUGUGAAAGCCGUCAUCCAUCCACUAUUCCAACAUCAUCCCUCUAAUCACGAUGAUGUUAACAAUGAUGGCCAGGCCCAUGAUGAGGGGUUGGUACGCAUCUAUAUAUCCCAGCCUCUUGUUCAAUUCCUUCACAGCCAGACAAACCUUCAUCCCUUCUUCUUUCUCCAAUCGUCCCAAACCAGUUUUUUUCCUUCGCAACCAGAAGAAGAGCCUCAUCAUGUCUCAAAGUGCUUCUGCUGCGGUUGUUGGUGGUGGAGACCAUGAGAUCCCACGCUUUGAGAGGCCCAGAUUUGUGGUGAAAAGGGUCGUUGCUGAGUCCCAGGAAGAGGGUCAAGGAGCAACCGUUAGAAGAAGCAUUGGAAGGCCUGAAUUAAGGAAUCUGGAUCCUUUCCUUAUGCUAGAUGAAUUCUCAGUUUCACCUCCUGCUGGAUUUCCUGAUCAUCCCCAUAGAGGAUUUGAGACUGUGACAUACAUGCUAGAGGGAGCCUUUACUCAUCAAGAUUUUGCUGGGCACAAGGGCACCAUCUCAACUGGCGAUGUGCAGUGGAUGACGGCCGGCAGGGGUAUUAUUCACUCAGAAAUGCCUGCAGGGGAGGGAGUCCAGAAGGGAUUGCAGCUUUGGAUCAAUCUCUCUUCAAAGGAUAAAAUGGUCGAGCCACGAUACCAGGAGCUACUGAGCAAGAACAUAAGCAGGGCUGAGAAGGAUGGUGUCGAAGUUCGGAUCAUAGCAGGGGAAGCAUUUGGUGUCCAAUCUCCAGUUUAUACCCGAACUCCAACCAUGUUUUUGGAUUUCACAAUGAAGCCAGGUGCCCAACUGCACCAGCCCAUCCCAGAUUCUUGGAAUUCCUUUGUGUAUAUCGUUGAAGGGGAGGGUAUAUUCGGAGGGGAGGAUUCGACUCCAGCAACAAGCCACCAUUGCCUUGUGUUGAGCCCUGGGGAUGGGUUGAGAGUAUGGAAUAAGUCGGCGAAGCAGCUGAGAUUUGUUCUGAUUGCUGGGCAGCCUCUCGACGAGGCUGUCGUCCAGUAUGGUCCAUUUGUUAUGAACACACAUGCUGAGAUUCGGCAGGCCAUGGAGGACUAUCACUUGGGGAGGAAUGGGUUUGAGAGGGCCAAGCAUUGGAAGUCUGAGCCACUGUUACAUUGA